AUGGGGACAGGAGGGCGUGGCGGCCGCGGGGAGGAUGAAUCGGGCCUGCAGGAAUGGAAGGGGCGGAGGUUAAGACCGGUGAUUGUAGCGACGCCUCCUGGGGAGUCCACGCCUUUGUCUUCGCAGCGACCCCUUCUGAGCGGAAUUCGGAUCCUUCCAGCGAUGGUCCCUGGCAGGUCCGAGGCUGGAGCCCCAGGAGUGGUCAUCCACUGCGGCUGUAGUCUUUUCAUCAAGAUGAGUGAUAAGCCAGACUUGUCUGAAGUGGAGAAGUUUGACAGGUCCAAACUGAAGAAAACUAAUACUAAAGAAAAAAACACUCUUCCCUCAAAGGAAAAUAAGUCAUGGAGACUUUCUAUUUGA